ACUUUGUUGCUUGUACUAGUGUUGACAUUCCUGGCUGAUAAUAAAUUGUUUGAACUGAGUUUGCUUGUAUCUACAUUCUUCCCUCUCUGACAUGAAAUCCAAUCUCAAGCACAUACACCUAAGCUUAAUAUAGCUGUCUAAUAUUUGCCUAAGACUAAUCCCAGUCCAAACCCAAUCUCCAACACUACAUUCUCUGUUUAUUGUUGAAAUAUUACCCAAUGAUCCUAACUGAAAACUAGGAAUUAUAAUCUUGGAAGAACCAAUUGGUUUAUUGCAGUGCUGAUUUUUGUGAACUUUGCCAGGGAUUCCAGAUCAUUAACAUGAACCAAGUCAUUGCAUUAGCUCCUCGGCAAUGCGUUUUCCAAUCAUGUCUUCAAGUUCAAAACUCCCCCAUUGGUUUUGGAGGAUCAAGGAGUCAUCAUCUAAUGGUAAUUGGCAGGAAGUGUUUACUCUAUAUCGCGAUACGAGGAAAACCGGAGUUCAAUUCACAGACCCUUCCUUGUUCCCUCCAAUUUUCAAAGCUUGCUUAUUCCUCUCCUUCAAACAUGGAGAGUCUGUCCAUGCUUGUUUGGUUAAGCAAGGAUUAGAAUCAUUUUCUUCAAUUGGAAAUUCUGUCUUGGAUUUUUAUGUGAAAUCUCAGGCCUUAAAUUCUUCAGUGGCAGUUUUUGAUUGCAUGAGGAGCAGAGAUUCAGUUUCAUGGAAUAUAAUGAUUAAUGGGCACCUAGGUCAGGGUGCUGUCAAGGAAGGUUUAUGGUUGUUUUUGCAAGCUAGGGUUGCAGGAUUUGAACCCAACAAUGCCACCUUGGUGCUUGUAAUUCAAGCAUGUCGAAGUCUUAAAGCUAUCUAUGAAGGAAUGAAAAUUCAUGGUUACAUAGUUACUAGUGGUUUUUGGGUUAUUACUUCUGUUCAAAACUCUCUUUUGAAUAUGUAUGCGGACAUUGAAAUGGAGGCUGCACAAAAACUGUUUGACGAAAUGUUUAGCAGAGAUUUGAUUUCUUGGAGUGUGAUGAUUGGGGCCUAUGUGCAAAGUGAGGAAGCUGAGGUUGCUUUCCGAUUGUUCCGAGAAAUGGUAACCAAGAAUGAAAUCGAAAUGGAUGGGCAAAUAAUGGUACAUGUAAUUAAGGCUUGCAUUCAUUUGGGGGAAAUUAGCAUUGGAAGAUUGGUCCAUGGGUUUGUGAUCCGUAGAGGUUUUGUUUAUGAUUCGUUUGUUGGAAACUCUUUAAUUGAUAUGUAUUCGAAGUGCCAUGAUAUUGAAUCUGCCUUGAAAUCAUUUAGGGAAAUGCCUAGAAGGAAUGUCGUCUCGUGGAAUUCUCUAUUAUCUGGGUUUGUUAGUAAUGAUAAGUAUUUGGAAGCUCUAUUGCUGUUUGAUUCAAUGUGGAAGGCAGGAAUUGAUGCUGAUGGCGUGACUCUAGUGAAUCUUCUUCAAACAUGCAAGCAUCUUUUGGAUCCAAUUCACCUCAAAUCCAUUCAUUUGAUAAUAAUCCGGCGGGGUUAUGAAGUUAAUGAUUUAGUGAUGAAUUCUUUAAUCGAUGCCUAUGCAAAAUGCAAUCUCAUUACACUUGCAUGGAGCUUAUUCAAUCAGAUGAAGAGAAGAGAUACGGUAACGUGGAGCACGAUGAUUGCAGGGUUCACCCAUUGUGGUAUGCCUGAUGAAGCCAUUGCUGUCUUCCAAGAGAUGAACCAAGUACAAAACAAGCCCAAUGUGAUUACCGUGUUAAAUCUUCUCGAGGCUUGUUCCAUUUCUGCUGAUCUGAAAAGGUCACAAUCAGCCCAUGGCAUUGCAAUUCGCAGAGGCAUGGAAGCAGAUGUUGCAGUUGGGACUGCAAUUCUAGAUAUGUACUCCAAAUGCGGGGCAAUAGAAGCUUCAGAAAGGGUCUUCGACCAAAUUCCCAAGAAAAAUGUUGUGUCCUGGAGUGCCAUGAUUGCAGCAUAUGGCAUGAAUGGCCUUCCGCAUUAUGCCUUGGCGUUGGUUGACAAAAUGAGAGCCCACGGUCUAAGGCCAAACCCAGUAACAACACUAUCUGUAUUAUCUGCUUGUAGCCAUGGGGGUUUAAUUGAGAAGGGGCUCUUGUUUUUCCAAGAGUUGGUUCAAGAUCAUGCUGUUGAACUGAGAUUAGAACAUUACUCAUGUGUGGUGGACUUGUUGGCUCGAGCUGGAAAGCUUGAUACUGCUAUGGAGUUGAUCAAGAAGAUGCCUAAUAAUGGUUUAAAGCCUGGUGCAAGUGCGUGGGGGGCAUUGUUGAGUGCUUGUAGGACUCAUGGGAACAGUGAGCUCGGUUCCGGUGCUCUUUCUCACAUUCUUGAAUUGGAGCCAUCUAACUCAGCUGGGUAUUUGCUUGCGUCGAGCAUGUACGCGGCUGGUGGCUUAUGGGUUGAUGCAGCAAGGAUGAGAUGGAUGGUGAGGGGGAGAGGGGUGAGGAUGGUGACUGGUUACAGUUUGGUGCAUGUUAAUGACAAGGCAUGUAAGUUUGUUGCUGGAGAUAAGCACCACUCAUUUUCUGGUGAAGUAUACCUUGUAAGUGAGCAGCUACAUUUGUGUAUGAAGAUAGACAAGAUGCAUGAAGAAGCUGUUUUUGAAUAGUCGAAAACUCGCCUUUUGUUUCAGUUGUUUUCAUAUAUUUCCUGUUGGACAGAUUUAAGAUUUGUCCCUGCAAGCCUAUUACGAGUUCAUUUUUUGGCUUUGUUCUCAUCAAUGAUCGGAAAGACAAUUUUUUUUCUCCGUCUGGAAAUUGGCGAUGUCUUUUGGUCUGUUAUUACCGGUAAGAGUUGAUUACUUUUCCACACUUCUGAUUGAAAUUUGAAUAGAUUUGUUCCCA